GCGACCACAACAGACCGUCGGCGUCCAGGUCAAAGUAACGCCUCGUUUAUAACGUGAAUCUCGAACUAUCAAUAACACAUGGCUCCAAAGUGCCCAGGAGAUUGGUCAGAUUAAACAAAAUUAAUUAAGGGGGAGCCCAGAAAACUGUGAGGGAUAACUUUUUCGGAGUGAGAGUUGUGGACUGCCAGAGAGUAUUGUGACGGUACGAGUGUGACUGGUUGAUACUAUGGCCUCCCAGAAGACCCAGGGGAAGUGGAGUGACCUGGUGACCCUGCUGUUGAGGGUACAAGAGGCCCCGAGGUCACCGGGAGAGGAGGUGAGCCUGGCCACCACGCUGAGUGAACUGAGUCAGUGUAGCGCCAAGCUCAGGGUAGUCUAUGAUCACCGGCAAAUUCACUCGUUGGUUGAGCACUGUGUGUCUGGUAUUGUGAGCCCCAAGAGUGCCUUGGUGAGGCAGACAUCGCAGCUCCUCGCCUCUCUCCUCAGACGGCAGGGCAGCACAAGCCUGCCAUCAUUAAUACUAGAUAAGAUCAUUGCCUGGCUCAGCUCUGCUCUUCACUAUCAUGAGAGGGACGUAGAUGGCUGGCAAACCGUCCAUCAAAUAUUACGAGCUCUGGCAGAUGCCCUGAGAGAUGCUCCUGACCAUGCUGAGGAGAUUUACCUGAGUCUGGCUGGAAGUAAGGGUUCACUCAUCUACACACUAGAGUCCGGUUCUUCGUGCCGUAACCGUGCACUAGCAAUGCAGUGUCUUCACCUGUUGACUUAUGUCACCCCAGAAGUGGUUGCUGAAGCUCGUCAGCACAAUGAAGAGAUCUUCCCAGCAGCAGUGGUGUCUAGCAUUCAGAGAAUUGUUAUAUAUGUUUUAAAACAACCAUUACCCAGCCCAGACGUGUGUUCACAUAAGUUGUAUUUACACCUGGUCGCAUCUGCUCUAAGUGUUCUAUACAAUCUGGUUGUGUGUGCUCCAAAUGACGUAUUGGGUAAUAUUAUUGUCAGUGCUUGCCGUCCAUUUGUGUUCUAUGGGUUGCCAGGUUUUGCUCAUAAUGAACUUGUCAAGCACACAACCAGCCCAGAGGUGGAUAUUCCUCUCUCAUCUGGCAUGGAUAGUGAUUCUUCCUCCAGAAAUUACACCAAUCGAAAUCGUCGUAAAAGACUUCGUCGAAAACGAGCCCAGCCAUCACGGUCCACCUCAGACUGUGAGGGUCGUCCAUGUCCCCUGGUGGCGGCUGUGGAUGGUCUGGGUCUAGGGUUGCGAGGACCCCCACCAGCAACUGCCCUCGCUAGUGUCUCUCUUAAACCUCAGUGGGCCAGAGGGAAGCAGAUACAUAACAAAGAAGAGGAGACAAUUAAUAUUUCUGCUUCAGCACUUGAGGCCGAGCAUUCACCAGAACUGUUUUCUCAAGAUGAGAGUUUUGUAGAAGCGCGUGUCAGUGGCUCUGAGACUGACUUCUCUGACUUCGAUGGAGGAGGAGAAAAGGAGACAACUUUAAUGGCUCGAACUCGUCAGUGCUCACUUCAGGCCAUAAAUGCUGUCAUUGAUGAGAGUAAGAAAGUGGGUAAGCAACACAAGUUCAGCUACUGGCCACCUUUAAUGUGUCAGACGCCAUCCUUGAUGACGAGUGUGUUGAAGGACCCGUCUCCCUCUGUGAGAAUGGCAUCACUCCAAGUCAUAAACACUUUUCUCUUGGAUUCCUCACAAGUCCUCACCCUUGCUGUUGAGAAUGAGGGAAAGAGUUCAUACACCACACUGGGUCACCAGCUCGGCACCAGUCUGCGGGAGCUUCAUCGUUGUCUGGCACUCGCCCUGCUCUCAGAAAAGUUUCCUGGUGCCCUUGUUAGAACUCUGAAAACAAUUGAGUUGCUUGUUGAAAAUGUUAACUAUUCCAACCUUAAACCAGGGUUAUUAACCAAACUUGUCACUCAUGUGAAGUAUUUUAUGAGGUACAAAGAGGCUGUGGUCCGUGCCAAUGCCUUCUCUGUGAUGGUGAGCGUGCUGAUGAUCAAGCCACAAGUAGCAGAACUACAACACUUACUGAUUAGGUUCCAGACUCCAGCCCCUCCCACUCUGACGUGUCCACCAGAGGUCCUGCCUCCACCGGUUAUGGAAGAAGAGCUGCCGGGCCAAGAGGAAGAUGAAGCUGAAACUAAUUUGAAAAGUGAAAUGGAGAAAAUGAAUUUGUUAAGUGAGGACGAAGAAGAGAAGACUGAAGAUAACGCCCAGGAUAAGUCUAUGGUGUCGUGGUUAAUACAGCGUUGUGUUGACUCCUUGUUGACGCCAGACCAUGAAGCUGUGAGGGGCAUCUUUAUCCAGGUUCAGCUUCAGUCACUUAAGGUGUUGAGUGCUUUAGUGAGCGAACACCUGAACAUCAUCCAUCAGAGUCUGCCCUUGAUCCAACACGUCAUCACUGUGUGUAGUGAAGCUGUACGAGAACCUUUCCAUCCAAAAAUGACGGACUUGGCACCUGAUUCUCAUAAGAAAUUUGAAGCUGGAGAAGGUUUUGAUCCAGCAUUCAUGUCCCCAGACCCUGGUGUGGUUGUGGAACAUGCCUACAUUCUACUUGGCUCUCUGCUGGGAGCAGUUAAGGCUGACCUGGACAAGGGGGCCAAUUCGUGUGUGUCUGUCAGUCAGGUCCAGCAGUUGUGGCUCUGGGUGCUACAGGGACCCCUACAAAUACUGUUCAAGCAGGCAGCAGCAGAGCAGUCCAGAGGUAGUAUGGAGAAGGGAGGAGCCCCAGCAGUUGAUCCUCCGAAACAAGAUGUAAACUGGAGGAACAGAGAUGCUCUUCUUUUGGAAAGUCUUGAGGACCGACUUAAGCAGACGGUGGCCAUUGCAACUGUUCUCACGCACUUCAGUCCUUCUAUUUUUGAGAGCCUUGGGGAGGAGUGCAUAACCCUGAUCAUAAAAACUGUCAAGUGGCUGGUCACCCACGAAGACCCGGACCUUCGAUUGGCCGGUGCCCGCAUCAUGGCCAUUAUAGUCAGUUUUCCUGGUGUUGUGGGAAAUUCUGGCGGGGUGAGUCUCUUACAAGCAACGGUCAUGACGACGUGUGAUCUGUUGACCCAGAGAGAGAACAACGUGAACAGAUAUCGUCUCCUGGCAUCAUGGGCACUGGCAAAUGUGUCCUCGGUGUUUGAACUUUAUGUUGACAGUUGGAAGUGCCAGGAACAUGGUUCUGGUAAUGAAAUCUUAUCACCAAUGCUCAUUGUGCAACUUUUGGAGGUGGGAAUCAGAGCUUGUAAGGAUAAAGAUAAGAUCAAGCCACAUGGUGUACGAUGUGUAGGAAACAUAACAAGUUUCCUUCGGGCUGAACAAGCAGCUGACCCCACCAUAGCCCCUCUUGUUUCCAAAGCAAUAGACACUUUGGUACUCUGCUCCAGCACUGGAAGCAACAUGAAGACCCGGUGGAAUGCUUGUCGUGCCCUUGGAAAUAUUCUUAGCAGCGGCCGCUUACCCAUUGCUGACAUGCCAUGGAGGAGCCAAGUUCUGACUACUCUUGGCAACCUGGUGGAAAGCUUCAAGAACUACAAAGUGAGGAUCCAGGCUUGUAGUGCCAUAUGUAGCCUGAGGUCUCGGGAAGAAUUUGGAUCCGAAUAUUAUGGGAUAUGGCGGGUGUUGCUCCACGGACUAGAUAAUGCUCAAAAUAUUAUUGACUACCAAGAGAUACGACAUAGGGAUGAACUCAUUAAUCAGAUAUGUGAAGGCAUCUGUCAACUAUCAACUCAUCUUACUCUGGAGGAUGCUGGGUCACUGUGUGAACUGUUACAGCUACAUCAGGAUAUGGCAACACCAUUGCUGAAGAAGGCUUAUCUCUCUCUACCCCCGGAGAGAACAGGACACGCUCUUAAAGCUCAGUCAAGGGUGGAAGAGCUCUUGAGUUAUGAUGCCCUUACAGAAUCACAACAGCUGGCCUUGAUUAUACUGAACAGUUUGACUGCUGCUCCCACAACUACCAACUUUACCUAAGUUUAUGGCUUAUAUGUAUACAGUACAGUAUAUGUAAGUGAAAAGGUGCUAUUGCAUAUUUAUUUUAAACUCUUAUUAAAUCUCCCGGGACAGCAGGACGUUUCGGAGAAUUUUCUUGUAGAGAAGAGAAAAUUGAGACUAUUAGAGGGUGUGGUGGUAGGGGGUGUGGCAGUAGUGGGUGUGGCUGUAGAGGGUGUGGCAGCAGUGGGUGUGGCUGUAGAGGGUGUGGCAAUAGGGAGUUGCCCAAAUUAAAAAUAUUGUUUGUUCUACUAAGCAUAAUUUUAUAUUUUUCGUUUAUAUAAAGUAUUGAUCACUUGUAUAUGACUCUUAUGUUAAAAAAAUGUGAUCACAAUUAAAAAAUAAAUGGAAAUGUUAACCUAUACAGUAUGAUUUAUUAUAUCUCUAACUUUACUGUUCAUUAAGUGUAGUGAAUAUAUCCCUUUAUAUCAUUAGGUGUAAUGAAUCUUUACAUCUGUGGUGAAAGAUAAAUACUAGACAUAAGAAGAUUUACUAUUGGACAUAAUAACAUUUUAACCACAUUUGUUGCUGUACUAUUUUAUUACUGUAGAGGUAAACUUAUAUUACAGUGAAAUAUAAAUACAUGUACAGUACACAAACUAUUAAUGCCAUGGUUAAGGAAUUACAAAAUGAAUGUACUGUAACUCCUACCUAUUAUGGAACAGGUUAAUUAUAUACUUAUUUCUUUCAUUGUAUGUUGCAAUGGUGGACUAGCUAACCUAAUCCAUUGAUGAUGAAGAAGGAUUAUAACCCACCAAGUUGGAGUGUACAAGAGUUGAAAGUUAAACAUUGUAGAUGGUGUAUGUAACAGUGUUAAAUAUGACUCUUGGAAUAUGGUUCAUGUAUAUUUUCAUAUAUUCUUUGUCAACAUUAAAAGACACAAUGUUA